AUGUUGUUUAAAAAGGCACUUCUGUCUUGCCUUCUUGUAGGCGCAGCUAAUGUCAAAGCCCUUCAACCAACCUUGACCGAAGGUACUCUCAUCGGAAGAACAGCCGCAAACUCACCACAGAGAGAAGUUGGUGCAACUAAAGCCGCUGCACCGUCCCCAACACAGCCGGGUCUCAUCUCAACAUGCAAUGCCUAUUAUCGCGUACAACGAGGCGAUUACUGCGCUACUGUUGUUGACAAGUUUUAUGGACUUACACUGAAUGAAUUCUACGUUUGGAAUCCUGCCGUGAAAUCGGACUGUUCCGAAUUGCUAGAUCGAUAUUAUGUGUGUGUAGGCGUUCCUGAUCCUCUACCAAGCACGGCCGCAUAUAAUAUUGCGGCAUCCGGUCUCCAGGCAAGGGCAGAACCUGUUCCGAGUCCGAUACAGAGUGGAAUUGCAAGCAACUGCAAUAACUACUACAAGGUUGUUUCCGAUGAUACAUGCUUAGGCAUCGCCUAUCAACAUGCCAUCACGCUGUCCCAGUUCUAUACUUGGAAUCCAGCAGUGGGAACUAAUUGUCAGGUUCUCCUGGCUGGCUACUACGUUUGUGUUGGAAUUUCAGAAAGCACUGUAACUACCUCAUCAACCAGCACCACACCAACACCAGCACCACCACCGUCCACCGACGCACCUCAACCUACUCAACCUGGCAUAACCCCGGAUUGCACAGGAUACUACGAGGCACAAUGGGGAGACACGUGCGUUUCUAUUGUGCAGAAGUAUAAGAAGCAGGGUUACUUUAUUACGCUUUCAGCUUUUGAGCGCUGGAAUCCUGCGGUUGGGGAGAACUGUACCGAUCUCUUGGCUGGUUAUUUCUAUUGUGUAGCGACGAAGAAUACGCAUGGUGAAAUGGUUUUGUGA